AUGAUAGCAGUUGUAGGACAGACGGUGCGGCAUGACCAGACUCACAAUGUCUUGAUUACACUGGCUGUUGCAUUAGAAUUGGCUAAAGAAGGUGCAGUGAGUGAGAUAAUUUCCUACUGGAAUUAUCCAAGUGAAGAAUAUGAUGUUGUGACUGAUGAUGGCUAUAUCUUGGGAGUCAACAGGAUUCCUCACGGGAAAAGAGACAGUGAGAGGGAAACCUUUCGUCCUGCUGUGCUUUUAAUGCAUGGGUUGUUUUUGUCUGCCACUUGCUGGGUUUCCAACCUGCCCAACAACAGCCUGGCUUUUAUUCUGGCAGAUGCUGGAUAUGAUGUGUGGAUGGGGAAUUUCAGAGGAAACACAUAUUUUCGAAAGCACAUACACCUAUCACCAGAGUCAAAAGAAUUCUGGAGUUUCAGUUUUGAUGAAAUGGCCAAAUAUGACCUUCCAGCUUUAAUCAACUUUGUUGUAAAGAAGACUGGACAGGAACAGAUAUAUUAUGUGGGACAUUCUCAAGGCACCGUUACUGGAUUCAUAGCAUUUUCUAACUUUCCAGAGGUGGCUCAACGAAUCAAAGUCUUUUUUGCACUAGCUCCAGUCUUUUACCUUACGCAAUCAGAAGGCCCUAUUGAAAUAAUUUCACAAUUACCCGCAAUAUUAUAUCAGAUCUUAUUUCCUGACCAGGAAGUCUUGCCACACACCAUUUUAAGUAAUAUUGUUGCUGCAAUUAUUUGUAAACAUCACAUUUUGGAUGUUAUUUGUGGCAAAAUGAACUUUGCUUUGUUUGGAUUUAACCCAAAAAAUGUAAACAUGAGUCGAAUUGAUGUGUAUUUGUCAUAUAACCCAGCGGGAUCCUCUCUUCAAAAUGUUUUGCACUAUAAGCAGGCAGCUACGGAAACUAAGGAAAUACUUCGAGCUUAUGAUUUUGGAAGUUCUGCCCAGAACAUGAAACAUUAUAACCAGCCCACUCCUCCCAAGUACAAUGUGAAGACCUUGAAAGUGAGGACUGCAACAUGGAACAGUCUAAGUGACGUGUGGGCUAACCCCAGGGAUGCUAAAAUCCUACUGUCUCAAAUUCCUAAUCUCGUUUACAGCGACACACUGUGCUUUUACCAACAUAUAGAUUUUGUCUUGGGAAAAAAUGCAACUUGGGAUAUUUAUUAUAAAAUUAUUCAAAUCAUGAAGCAUACUCUCUAA